AUGGACUGGACCCGGAUGCGCAUGGAGGAAGACGGUCGGUGGUAUGCGUACAAGGAUUGGUACGCACGAAAAUGGUCCGACACAAAGAGCUGGGCUUAUGCACGAAGGAGAGCGUUGGUGAUAUGGCUGGUCAUAGUCCUGCUUCUGCUUGGCUACCUCUUUCAGUUCACCACCGUUUUCCAUCCGUCACGACUCUAUUCGAUAUCCUAUCAGGAACAAGUCGCACGGCAUAACUCGUUGGUAUCCCAGAAGAUAUGGCAGAUUCUGCUUCCAAUGCCGAAGAAACUCAAGAGCAAGCCGGUCGCCUUUGCAGAGCCUUCAGCUUGGAUGCAGAUGAACCCAGGCUACACUUAUACCCUCUUUGGAACCGAGGGUGCUGUAGCAUUCCUGCAAUCCAGAUUUCCACGCCGGCAAGAUUAUCUAGAGACUUUCAAUGAACUCCGAAAUCCCGGUUUGAAGUCAGACUUUUUGCGGUACAUGGUGCUAUACGCAGAGGGUGGAGUAUAUAGCGACCUUGACACACGGCCGGAAAAGCCCAUUGACGAGUGGGUUCCGACGGACUACGAGACGGUAGCCAGGCUGGUGGUUGGAAUCGAAUACGACUCUCUCGGCGGCGAUAUUGGGAAGGAUUACACUUACCCCGUGCAGUUUGCACAAUGGACGAUAGCGGCAGCCCCUGAGCACUCAGUCUUCGUGAACAUGACGGAGCGCUGCAUCCGAGGCUUGCAUGAGCUGUCAGAGAAGUACAACACAAGUUUAGGGGAAAUCAACUCGAAGGACGACGAGGUUCUCAAGGCCACAGGCCCAGUGGCUUGGACGGAGACUGUGUUUGAAGGGAUCCAAGUGCAAGCCCCCGAGCUGCAGAGCAUCAGUGAUCUGUCUGGGAUGAAAGAGCCUACAUUAUACGGUGACAUACUCGUACUCCCUAUCAAUGGGUUCGGGUCCGGCCUACCACAUUCAGGAAGUGCAAGGUGGUUCACCCCGAAAGAGGCCUUGACAACUCACCACUCCGAGAGCUCUUGGAGGAUUAAUAGUUAA